AUGUUCAUAGCUAUUUCGAAUAUUGAUUUAUUUCGCUUUGAAUCUAUUAAUGAUUUUGUCACUCAUUCUCUCAUAUCAAUUGAACAAAUAAAACAAUUAUUCGAUGAUAAUCAAGGUAAUUUUUCAUUACCUAUUCAACUCGAACAAUUUGUUCUUGAUCAUAUUCUGCAAUUAAACUCGAAAAUAUUCCAACGUGAGACAUUCCGUGACGAGUCUCUUAUUGAUUUAUAUUCAUCAUUUUUAAAUGAUUUAUUACAUUGGUCAACUUAUACUCACAAACAAAUUGUUUGCAUUCUAACAUUAAUUCAUGGCCUUCUAUGCCAAAUUGAACGAACAAAUAAAACAAAUCCUAUUAAAUUAGAUGAAGCAUUUGUUCAUUCAUGUUCAAUACUUAUGGGUGGAAAAGAACAUAAAAAAACGAUUUUAUUUAAUUCUCAACAAUAUCCAAAAGUAAUUGAUUAUAUUAUUCAAAUUAUUUUUCAACAUCGACAUCUUUAUGAAAUAUUACUUGAUGAAAAUCCUCAACAAAUUCAAAAGAUUGAAGAAAAUCGAACAAUUGAUUUUCAUCUGUUUGAAGAAUCACUUUUUCCUUAUCCAUUGAUAGAAGGUCUUCCGCUAUCUAUUUAUCGUGAAAUUAUUCUUCAAAUUCCACCAACUUCAUUACUCAGUGAAGGAAGUGAUCCUGAUCAAUUUUCACGUGAACCAUUGUCAGGCACAAUAGGUACUAACGAUAAAACAGUUCUUGAUCUUAAUGAAAUGAUUAACAAUAUCAAUCGUCAAUAUCCAAAUGUAACACAUGAACAAAUUCGACAAAUUUUUGCCGAAGUGUCUCAAGAAUAUCUAUCCGAACAUAAUGAAAAUAUUCAACAUAAAUUGAGAGAAAAGGAAAUAUCACUUUUAUCGAAAUUUAGUAAUUUACAAAUAAAUAAAUAA